UCUUACGGAGUUCGCUGUUCGCUAUCUACAGUGCGUUCUGGAAUUGAGUAUUGCGGUCACGGUGAUAAUACAGCGAGCUUGAACUGUGCGAAUCGACUAUUAUUGUUAGUUUAAAGUGCACAUUUAACUUUUUUAUGUAAAUCGUUUGUUCAUUUAAAAGUAACUAGUGUUAUUAGAUAUAGUAUAUUCUAAAAAUAGAGAAACAUGGAAUACUUUAAGAAAAUAUCUAUAACUGGACGACGAAAUCAUUUUUAAAUUUCACAAUGGCCCAAUUUAAUAGAUGGUCGGUGUUAAAACUUUUCGAAGUUAUUUUGGUGCUAGCAUGUUUAGUUUUCAAACGCGUAACAGACGAUGAAGCUUCAAGAGUGUUUCUGUAUCUACAAAAAAUAUCCAGAGAAUGGAGUCUGUUAAACAAUAUAACUUGGAGUAGAGUCGGUGCUGCAGUCGCAGAUGUUACUUAUGGAGGUUACUUAAUAAUCACUGGUGCCUUAUUUUUGGGUCACAUCGUUGAGGAACUGCCAACCACGAGAAGAAUAACUGAAUAUAUAUUACUAGGGAUAGGAACUAUAUUGUUCGUAGUAAUGGGUAGUCUUUCCUUCGCUGCAUUAGACUCCGUUCCUCCAAGUCUGGUAGACAACGCAGCUAUAGUAGGAACGCUAUCUCUGGUAGUUGCAGGUCUCUUCCUUCUUGAUAUGGGCGGCCCAAAGAAACGACCGCCUAGAUCUCAACAACCCAAACAAAAGAAGAACGUUGUAGUUCCUCCAGGCAGUAUUACAAAAGGAGUUAUUGAGACAGAAAGAUAUAAGGACGCAGCGAAGACGGACCAGAAGGAAAGUACAAAACCUGAGGAGAUACAAUUUAAAAAGAUAGAAAAGGGUGUGAAAACUGAAAAGGACAAAAAUGAAAGUAAUGGAAUUACUGCUAUUGAAAUGCAAAAUACAAAUAGUUCUAAUAAAGGUUACCAAAGAAUGAGGGAGGACUCUUUUAGAAGAUUUGGAAUAUACGGUCAAGACGUCACUGAUGAAGGAAGCACAGAAGCUGAAGACAUGGAAAUACCUCCACAUGGUGGUGAGCAUUCACCAGUUUGGAGUAACAUAAGAAGAGGAGAAUAUGGAAAAUAUGACAUAGUAAAUCCUAAAUUCGUUUUAAGAAGAUCCGAUAGACGACAGCAACAAGAAGAAAUUCGACCUCCUAGCAGCCCGGGUGAUCCAGGAUAUGUACAAUAUACUGCACAACACUGGGGAGAAGGUGGCACCAAAACUCCCCGACCUAGUCCAACUGAACCAACUCAAGUUUAGUUAUUUUUACAAAGACAUUUGCAUCUUUUUUAUAAGUAAUGUUAAGUCAUUUAUGCCAUAUACUUUGUAUAUUUUAAUACAGCACCUCUAUAUAUACAAUAGAUUAUUGUUUAAUACAAUGUUAAAGAAAAAGUUGACUGUUCUUAUUGUAAAUUAUAGGUACAUAGAUAUAAACCUGUUCCAAAAUAUUUUCGAUAGAAGUGCGAGCCAACGCAUACAUGUCAAUGUGUGUAUUCUAAAAGUUUCUUGGUUCAAUUUCGGUGUGUAGUUUAGAAUCUAGAAUCUAUCUUUGACUCUAAAUUAACACAUUGACGGUCAGACCUGCUAUAGCCGUCAUGUAUACUGUGACGCACCUGCUACAGCCGUCCAAUAAUAAUUAUCUUUGUAGGACAGACCGGUUGAGGGUGGCACAUUUUAUACUAUUACACCAUUAAAAAUACAUGUUGGUGUCCCAGGAAACGUGUGUGCAAUGUUGGUUGCCUGCAGUUUAGGUAUCUACCGCCAAUUAGAAGAGUCAUUCUGUAUGCGGAUAAUCAAGUGCGUUGGUUUGGUCACAGUAUAUAGUAUGGAACCUCUAUAUACUUGGUCGAAAAUACGUUAGCUGGUGUCCGUCAAUGUGUUAAGCUCUAUGCUACUCAUUCCAUUAAUGCAUAGGGCAGAGCAACAGAGCCUGAAUCCUAGCAUACCAUUUAUUAGGGUUAUUAUAUGAACAGUAUCUUCUUUUAGUACUUUCUUAAUAUCUACAUUUGUUCUGCUUAUAUAUUUAUUUUGUAGUUUUGAAAGAGCCUGAAUCCUAGCAUACCAUUUAUUAGGUUUAUUAUAUAAACAGUAUCUUCUUUUAGUACUUUCUUAAUAUCUACAAUUUGUUCUGCUUCUAUAUUCAUUUUGUACAGUUUUGAAUGGUUCCAGUAUUAUGGUUCUCAUGAUGUUAUUUCUUUCCACUAUUCGUAAGCCGAUUCGUAUUCAUAUUUUUUACUGUCGUUGUUUCUGCUGUGUACAAUAAUAUUGAUAAAUAUUGUGUUAUAUAUGUUUAUCGUAGUUUUCUUUAGAAUUACACACAAAUAUUGAAUAAGUCAGGUGACAAAACACAUUCUUGUCUAAUCCCUCUCACUGUUCUAAAUUGCAGAACUUCUGAUCUAGUCGUACUGCUGCUAUAUUGGACUGGUACAAAUUUAAAAAAAAAUCUUUGUCCAAUGCUAUUUGAAUGUAUUCAUUUUUUUUUUCGAAUCCUGAGAAAACUAAUGAGUAUUUUUGAAAAAUUUAAAGGCAGAAUAAAAGAUUACGUUAUUGCCGAGAGCCGAAAGUCCCUGAAAACUUAUAUAAUGUUUAUUUGAAUAAGGGGUGAAAAACAAAGAAAAUUUUUAAUUUCAAAAUAUUUCAUUCAAAAGAAACUUUUUGUUAGUUCUAAGGGACUUUCGGCCCUCGGCAAUAAUGUAAUCUUUCAUUCUGCGUUUAAAUUUUUGAAAAAUAUUUAUUAGUUUCCUAAGGAUUCGAAAAAAAAUGAAUGCAUUUAAAUUGCAUGGGACCAAGAUUUUGCACCUACCCCCAGAAUAAGUGUCACCAGGUGUAUCGAUCGGUGCAUCCAUCUCUAUUAAAAAGGACCAAAGAGUUAUUCAGAUUAUACAAUCGAAUGCCUUGUGGUAGUCAACAAAGCAUAAUAUUAUCAUAAUAAUUGAGAUUCUUUCGACUUUUCUAUGAGCUAUAUCUACGAUGCUAAGUCAUAGGUUCAGGAUUUCCUUACAUGUACCUUUUUCCUUUACAAACCUCGCUUGUUGUUGUAUUUGAUAUUGUAGGUAAGUAUUUAAUCUGUUUUUGAUGAUAUGCAACAAGAUUUUACAAAAUGUACGUAGUUUUCAGAUCUGGUAGUGGCUCCUUUUUUGUAGUAGAAUAUAAAUUGAGAUACACCAAUCAUAUGGCAAUUUUCCCAAAUUACAAACUCCAGAUAAUAGACGGAGAGGCAGCGCUGAAAAAUCUAUUUGAAUUUGCUAAAGCUAAAUUUUUCAGUUGAUUACUGUGAUUGUGUAGAGAAACAUACUGCGGUCGGUCAAGCGAAACGUAGAACAGGGGUUACUUAAGCGCUGAUUUCCUCGAAAGCGGUGCCGACAAACUGCGACCGUAACACUGCGAUGAAUUACGUCAUAAAAACUGUACAAUGCAAAAUAAUAGCGGUGGUUUCCAAGGAUGCGUUGGAAGCCACCGCUUGCUGAGUUUGCACAUUCCAUUUCCGCAGUGAAAAAUCUUGAAUUUUUCACCGUAAUCUGACGUAAUCCAUCGCAGUGCUACGGACGCAGUUUGUCGGUGCCGCUUUCGAGGAAACCAGCGCUUAAGAGUUUAUCAAAGUUGCUUUCCUACGAAGGUAAUUAAAUCCAUUUACUAAGGCUGAAAAUCAGUACACACACUCUAAAUUGAAUAUAAAUAAAAGUUAUUAUAGUCGGUCAGCUGCAUGACGGGACAGAGCCGGCCGGUCGGCCCCAAUGAAUGUACAGGGUUAUUCACUAUAUUUUGACCCCCUUGUAAACUGCUUUAUUUACAGAAUUAGAAAAA